AUGUGCUCCCGCCAGGACAAGGACCAGUGCCACCGGCAGCAGCGCCAGAGCAGCGGCGGCUGUCACAGUUCCAGCGGUGGUGGCUGUCACAGCUCCGGCGGUGGCGGCUGUCACAGCUCCGGUGGCAGCUCUGGGGGCUGUCACAGCUCCGGUGGUGGUGGCUGUCACAGUUCUGGUGGUGGUGGCUGUCACAGCUCAGGCGGUGGCGGCUGUCACAGCUCUGGUGGCUCCAGCUGCCACGGGAAGCCGCAGAUGCCGGUCCAGCAGCAGCAGCAGCAGCAGCAGGUGCCGCAGAUGCCGCAGCAGAAGAUGAAGUGA